ACAGUCAGUCAACAAUUCGAUAGACGUCUAUUGCCAAUUCCAUACGCGCAAAAAUCCAACUGAUAAAACAAACCAAAUUUUCGCCAGGUCUAGAUCUGUAUAAAUACGACUGAUGAUGGCAGAACAUAAUAUUGCGAAUUAAGCAACUGAAUCGAAUAGUUCAAUUACCAAAAUGCAGGCUACAAAGUAUCUUUUCCUGAUUGCCGCCUUCCUGUACUGCCUGGGUGGCGCUGUGGCUGUGACCUGCGAUGAGGAUCCCACGGAUACCGCCUGCAUUAACUGCACCAACGAUCCCACUAACGCAGAAUGUGUCACCACCACGACAACGACAACGACCACAACCACGACAACCACAGUGGCACCUGUGACAACGGUUGCCCCAACAGCCGCCCCACAAACCACCAAGAAAGCGGGAAACGUGAAGAAGGUCACCAUUAAGAAUCUAAAGUACAAAGUCACACGGAAGAUCAAGGUCAAUAACUCUGGCUGAACGGAAGUUCAUUCGAAAAAUUAAAUAAAUUUACAAAU